AUGCUCUCCUUCGUCAACUACACUCCUCGACCUCACCCCGAGCACAAGAACAAGGAACAUUGCCGGGUUCACUCUAACCCAUCAAACGUUCCUCGCGAUAUCUCCAACAAUACUCCAGCCACAGACCCCAAGUCUGCCAUCCCACGAUCUGCCGCUCCGCCUGCUCCAGCAGCCUGA